GACUCCGACCUGUCCUGGCACAUUCCGGGACCGACCCAGAUUUUAGAACCAUAAAGCAAUUCUUUUGGACCGGACGAUCAACAACCAGCUAAAACUUCUGGACCUUUGUUGGACUUGUUUGUGGAAGUUUUAAAGGAUAAUUUAUUUUUGGUCUCCAAAUAAAGAUGGCUGCCUCUUCUUCUGUUCCUGUGAUCCUCCUUCUCCUCCUCUCGGUUUCCGUGGAAACGAGGCCUUCUCCUCAUAACGAUGACAAACAGGUGUUACUCUCUCUUUUGGGCUCUCGCAUCACUUCUCUCAUCGAGGCCACGCCCACCUCUGAUGACAUCACAGAAGGCUCUGCUUCCCCACCAACAUUCCUGCCUCCAUCCCUGAGGUUAGCCCUGAAUCACCACGGAAACACGAGCGGAUUGGCCAGUAGACAGGAGGCCGUCCCUCGGUUCUUCCUGGACUUCCUGCGGCGGCAGGUGAAGACGAGGAGGCGGAGCCGCAAAUCCAUGGUGGGAGGAAGAGGAUGUUUUGGGAUGAAGCUGGACCGCAUUGGCUCCAUCAGUGGGCUGGGAUGUUAGGGACUCAGUAUGCUGCCCUAGGGUCAGUUACCAUGGUAACUGUGUUGCAACUAAGGCUCCAUCUUGCUGUGUUAUUAUUAAUCAAAAGAUGACUCUGCGUGACCUCUGACCUCCGGGACGUCCUGGUCCAUCAGGUGGAGACUUCAUGCUGGACUUUACUAACCACACACGCAGACAAAUGUUGUAGUGAUGAAGACUCUGGUAGUCAGCCUUGUAAUGAUCUCUGACCCAGAACUGUGUGUGUGUGUGUGUGUGUGUGUGUGUGUGUUUAACAUGUAGACGUCUGUUAGUGCCGACUCAGCUCAGGCUGCAUUAAACUGAAUCUGAAAUCUUU